ACCGAGCCGCGAUUGCCAUCAGCAUCUUCACCACCGGCCGCAGGUAGGGAGCCGGGCGGGCAGUCAGUCAGUCACCAGAACCGCUGCAGAAGAUGCUCUUGUGCUCUGUGUUUCAUGUCGGAUCUCGGAUGGCGAACUGAAUGUGGUGCCAUAGUCUACGGACUGGACAAAGUUCAUCUUGUGACAAAGACCUUCUCUCGAUUCGUCGCUGAAAUCUUGCCCCGACAUAGCAGUGCGCUCACAAAGGGAGAAGAAACUUGCUCCACGUAACCACCGGAAAUGGCAACCCGAGGUAGCACCGGGUCGAACCAGAUCUCCGAUGGAACGCCACCCAAAACUUGGAGCCAUGGCCUCCUCGACCGGCCCGAUAAGAAACAGGAUAUCUUCCGGAACAGGAUCAAUCGCAAAUACGGCCUGGCCCUCGGCAAUUACCACGACUUAUACGAGUGGUCGGUCGGCGCAGACAGCUUCACUUGUUUCUGGGAAGAGUUCCUCGACUUUUCUGGAAUAAUUGUCUCAGAAAAACACAACCAGAUAGUUGACGAUGUUCCCAUGCACGAAAUCCCGCGAUGGUUCCGCGGAUGUCGUCUGAACUACGCUGAGAACAUUUUGCGGAAACGCGACGACAGUGUCGCGCUAUACGUUACAGAUGAGAGGCUCACUCGAACCCGCAAGAUCACGUUUUCGGAACUGUACCGACAGGUUGCCCGAUUCGCGAAACUUCUGUCGAGUUUCGGAGUGCAGAAAGGGGACCGAGUAUGCGGCUAUGUCGCGAACACGGAACACUCGGUCUUCGCGUAUUUGGCAUCGGCCUCGAUCGGAGCUAUUUGGAGCUCCACGAGUCCCGACCUAGGCCACAGAGCCGUGGUGGAUCGUUUUCAACAAAUCAAGCCCAAGGUCAUUUUCGCCGUGGAAAAGCAAAUUUACAACGGGAAGAUUCACGAUAAGCUGACGAAUCUGGAACUGAUUCUAAAAAACUUGGACUCUGUGGAAGCCGUCGUUAUUUUGCCAUUCGACGAAGAUUCGUCGAGCGAUAUAUCAUUCCUGAAAAAUUCGUUCCACCUCAAGGACGUCCUGGCGGAGGUUGACGAUGACCCGAAGCUCGAUUUUGUCCAAGUGCCUUUCGAUCAUCCUCUGUGUAUUCUAUUCUCUUCUGGUACAACAGGGAAACCGAAGUGCAUGGUGCACUCUGUCGGUGGAACCCUGAUUCAACAUCGCAAGGAGCACGAACUCCUCGGCGAUUUGGGUCAGAACGAUAUUCUGUUCUACUUCACGACGACCGGGUGGAUGAUGUGGAACUGGCUCCUGUCAGGGUUGGCGGCUGGCGCCGCCCUUGUUCUCUUCGAGGGAACUCCUAUAUCAGCGAGUUCCCCCUUCUUACUUUUUGAGAUGGCGGGAAUGCUCGGCGUAACCGUUUUCGGCACAUCCGCCAAAUACCUCGCAACUCUCGAGGAAAAACUCUCGGAGGGAUCCCCAGGUCGUCUGUACAAUCUGGGCGCUCUUCAUACCGUGCUGUCGACUGGUUCUCCCCUGAUGCCGCACAGUUUCGACUACGUCUUCGAGCACAUCAAGGCGGACGUGAUGCUCGGGUCGAUAUCCGGAGGCUCGGACAUCGUGUCUUGUUUUGUGGGACAGAAUUGCACAUUGCCCACAGUGCGCGGUCAAGUUCAGAGCCGAAAUCUUGGAAUGGAUAUCGUGGCGUAUUCGAAUGAGGGCCUGCCUGUAUGGGACGAAGAAGGCGAGCUGGUUUGCCGUAAACCUUUCCCAGCGAUGCCCGUGUACUUCUGGGGUGAUUCUGACGGCGAACUCUAUCGGAGGGCCUAUUUCUCACGCUUCCCCAACGUCUGGCACCACGGUGAUUUCUGUAUGGUGGAUUCGAAAACACGAGGAGUAAUUAUGUUGGGUCGCAGCGAUGCAACAUUGAACCCCAACGGCGUUCGCUUCGGGUCCGUGGAGAUUUACAAUGUCGUGGAAACCGAACCGAGAAUCAAAGACAGCGUGUGCGUUUCUUACCUCUCGAAGAAAACUAAAGACGAGAAAGUCGUCCUCUUUGUGAAAAUGGCUGACGAGGACGAUAUCACCGAAGACCUCCGAACCAAGCUCAAGAGCAUGAUCCGAGGCGCGUUGUCAGCUCGGCACGUACCUUCGCUCAUCAUCAGAGUUCGAGACAUUCCUUAUACGCUCAACUUGAAGAAAGUCGAACUGGCCGUCAAGAAGAUUAUCAACGGGAACACAGCAGUCGAUCCAUCUACAUUGUCAAACCCCGAAUGUCUCGAGGAGUACAAGGCCCUAAUCCCGAUGAUGUCGAUUCUAGAUUAGCGGCAGCGAUGACCUCUCCACCUUGUGUUUUCCCCCGGGAUUUUGUAUGUUAAUCAACUCUUACUAAUGCUAUCGUACUCGCAUUGAAUCCGUGCGGACAUGUGUCAUAUCUAAUUGCAGUACUUUCUCAAGCCUGCUUUGCUCGCUCAGUCUGCAG